UAUCGUAAUGAUGAAGUCUACUGAACACAGCUAUUGUAAACGUUUAACAAAAUAAACAAAAAAUUGGGUGCAUGUGAGUGGUGUGUUUACUGAAGGCGUGGUGUGCGUUGUGUAGAGGGUCGUGGGUCGGAGUCGGACGGGUCGGCGGACGACAACAUCACGGUGACGAUGCCGCCCGCGCACCCGCGCCCGCCGCACUCCGCGCACCACUCCGCGCACCAUCCCGCGCACCACGCUGCGCACCACCCCGCGCAUCACCCCGCGCACCACCCCGCGCAUCACCCCGCGCAUCAUCCCGCGCACGGCGUACACGUCGGCCGACACUCGCUGCAUCGACACGCGCGCUACGGGCCGCCUCAGUCUCAUAAGCCUGAUCUAGAACCUCCCUCCAAUAUACCAAUGAAUAUGCCUAGGAUUGAUGAGCAAAGAGCGAGCACACCUACUAUUGACGAGAGGAGGGAUCCAAUGUCUUCGCAGGUGAUGUAUAAUCGUGGAGCUCCGCCGUACGUUCCGGCCUGCCGCCGCCGCCCUCACAUUAUAAUGAGCCUCCAUAUUCAAGAUCUUUACGGCCGGGGCCGUUCAACGACCGCUACCCGCCCGACCCGUACCAACCACCGCCGCCUGGCAUCAAAGAUUCGCCGUCUAACGGAUCUCGCUCUAUGUCGCGGGGCCGCAUUCGUCGCUCGCCCUGGUCGCCGCGCAGGCGUCGCUCCCGAGACAGGUCAUUAUCGCUUUCUCGUUCCCCGUCGCCACGGCGGCGUGUGAUGCGGUACCGAUCACCGGGCCCGCGUUCGCCGCUGCGCUCCCCGUUACGUUCGCCGCUACGUUCGCCGCCGCGUUCGCCAGUGCGUUCGCCGUUGCGUUCUCCGCGACGGUCGGUUUUGCGUUCACCGCCGCCUAGACCGCUUUCCCCGCAUCGAUACGCCGGAGUUUAUGAUGAACUGUUGUCGCCACCGAGACGUAGUGUUGAGCCGCCGUAUGGAGCCAGGUACGAUUGUAAA